AUGCAGUUACUCAACGUACCAGGUCCGUUCGGUGGUCGAGGAGAGAAUUUGGACCACAGCAGCGCGCUAUACGAUUGGAGGGAAAAAAUCAGACUUACCUGCUUCAAGUUCCGGACGGCACUGGAGAAGGCGAUUGGGCAACAUGGAAAGAACUCGACAUCGUCGUCCACUGUAACAAGGAAGAUUACGUUUCGGCUGCCUCUCGCGCAGGCGCGUGUGGUGGAGGAGGGUGUGGCACUAAUGAGGGACCCGUACCUUCGUCGCAACUGGUUUUUCGACACACUUCGAACUGACGACGGCGAACUUGUGGAGGCAAAAACACUUCGCGACGUCCUUGUUGCGAAAGCGGUGGAAACGCUCAGAUGGAGAAACAGAGAAAGCCCGCCGCAAGACGCGAAGGAGAUGAUGAAACGGCUGUUACGCAAAGCGGCAGAAGAUGACAGUACUAUCGAGGACCUCACGAGCCUUGAGCAACUUCCAGCAGAUUGGCGCAACGACAAGGAGAUCGUGGCGCUGGCGAAAGCGGCCGCAAUUGCGAUGUGAGUUAUGUUGAAAGGACGCUCCUGUUUUCCUCAAGCAGCAGAAGAACGCGGAAGAAACUGUUGAAAUAAAUUGUCAAAAAACCGACAAAGUUGCGAUGUCUACUAAAGUUCAUCAAAAGUACUACGUGGAGGCAGGUUAGCACCGUGAGCACCACAAUCGAAACAGAGCAGAAGCAAUCGCAAACGAGAAUUAUCGUACGCACACUACCACAACGACAAUCGUCGUGGACUUUUUGAACAAGUAUAAUCCAGAGCCAUGUCUUCACAGCAGGCGCAUUCGCUCUAUCGAAAUGCCUUUAAUACGCCAACCCGCCUUUGAAAAUCCUAUAGAAGUCCUGAUUGGCUAGAAAAAUGUUGAAGUGAAGUGAAGUGAUUGGCGUAGAGAAUCACAGCCCUAGAUGUUGUAUGUUGAUACAAAUGUGGAAUAGUUGUAGCAUAAAGAUAGACAGACACGCAGACGCACUCCUACGUACUUACAACUAAGUCAAUGAUUAUACGCGAAGAGACGACUCGGAUUCAUUGGCUCGAUCGCUUGCUUGGAUUACAGCAAAAACACAUCGCCGCUGGCGCUUUUUGAGGGAGAUUUUCAGGAGAGUUAUGUCGCAGAUUAUUUCCACAGAAGAUGCCUAUGGGAAGCCGUUUUCCUCGGGCGAUUUCUUGGAAUGACCACUGCAAGGAGAACAGAAAGCAGUUGUGACGGAACCUAACUAAAAAUAGAUACU